GUCACCAAAACACCUAUAUUUUUCUGUCGUUGCAUUCGCUUCGUAAUGAUGAGCCCUAUCAAAUAUGCCUUGCUGUUGUUUACAAAAUGUCUGUUGAUUUGUUGCUGGGAUUUGAGCAGUCAAGGAUUUGAUGAUUAUUAUUACGUGUCAGAUAUAGCGAUCUAUUUUAAUAAAGUGUUUUUGGCACUACCCAGGAAAACCUGUUUUAAUGGGGUGAAACAUCCGACGGUUCUAGAAGUUUCGUGGACUGAAUUAAGUCAUCCGUUAUCGAAGACAAGGAUCAAAGCGAUCAGUGGCCAAACAGAGGGUAACUGUAGUGAGCUGCUGAAUGCAGUUGCGCUGGAUAUCGAAACAAGAAGAUCAAAGUUAUGGAUCUUGGAUAAGGGCAACGAGGCAUGCUCUCCCAAAUUAAUAGCCUACAUGCUAUUUCAAAAUUCUUUCUCCGAUUUAAACAUAGUGUUAUCAGGAAUAUCCGGGAAAAUGCUCAAUACUAUUGUGAUUGACGACGAAAUUGGGAUUCCUACUUCAAGGGCUUUUGUAGGAAAUACCGGAGAAAAUUCAAUCGUCGUCAUCUAUCUGGAUGAUAUGGAGUGGAGAAAAUUCGCUCUCGUAGAAGCGAACAAGUUUUUACCUAUCAACGCCGAUUUUAUAGCAAUUUCGAAAGACAAAUCUUUACUAUAUUUCACGUCAACAGAGUCCACGACUAUGUUUUCAACCAACACAACCAAUUUUGCGGAACCGAUCAGCGAAGUUGCGAGUGCAAAUGUUACCGUUUUGGGCCACAAAUUGGGGGUUUCCAGUGCUUUAGAAACCGAUUACAGAAACGGGUUGAUUUAUUACCUUACCAGAGAUUAUGCUGUGGUUAGAUGGUCAACCGGAUAUCCAAUGAUGGCGGAAUACCACCAGGUGCUUGCCCAGUCUUACAAGAGGAUGCCGUUUGUUUCUAGAAUAUUCACAGGACCGCAGAGAGGAAUUUGGGCAUUGGUGAAUCCGUUCAGUCCGCGGGAAUGCGAUUUUAUGAAUCAAUCGGUCGCGCUGGACUCGCAAAGUGUCACUUUGAAAAAGCGCGCGAUACGAAUAAUGAGGUUUAACAAGUUUCUCGAUGUUUUUCACAACACUGAAACUUCGUUAUUGUAACAAUAAAUUAAAAAAAAAAUGUUAAUUGGA